AUGGACCCAAGAGUCUUGUUCUUCGUUUCGCUGUGUUCGCUUGUUCGAUUUUCGCAUGGAAAAGAAUCGAUUCUGAGACUGCCCACUGAUGCUGCUUCGCGUUCGUUAGAUCCAACACGCGUUACCCAAAUAUCUUGGACUCCCAGGGCUUUUCUGUAUAGAGGGUUCUUGACUGAUACUGAGUGUGAUCAUCUCAUAUAUUUGGCCAAAGAUAAGUUGGAGAAGUCUAUGGUGGCUGAUAAUGAAUCUGGAAAGAGUAUAGAGAGUGAAGUCAGGACAAGUUCCGGCAUGUUUCUUGCGAAGGGUCAGGAUGACAUAGUUGCUACUAUUGAGGCAAGAAUUGCUGCAUGGACUUUCCUCCCAGUUGAAAAUGGGGAAGCUAUGCAAAUUCUGCACUAUGAAAAUGGCCAAAAGUACGAGCCGCAUUUCGAUUAUUUUCACGACAAGGCUAAUCAAGAAUUGGGUGGUCAUCGAGUGGCUACUGUGCUCAUGUAUUUAUCAAAUGUCAAGAAAGGUGGAGAAACAGUUUUCCCAGAUUCAGAAGAGAAACAGAUAAAGGGUGACGAUUGGUCAGAUUGUGCGAAACAAGGCUAUGCAGUGAAACCCAUGAAAGGAGAUGCACUAUUGUUCUUCAGCCUUCACCCGGAUGCAAAAACCGACCCGUCCAGCUUGCACGGGAGCUGCCCAGUCAUUGAAGGCGAGAAGUGGUCAGCCACUAAGUGGAUUCACGUUCGAUCUUUCAAUGCUCGUUUUGAUGACGACUCAUCGGACUCUAAUGGUGAUUGUCUCGACAAGGACCCGAAUUGCCCCGAUUGGGCUGAAAGUGGAGAAUGUGAUAAGAACCCUCUGUAUAUGGUCGGCUCGAAUGGAGCUGCAGGCUAUUGUAGGAAGAGCUGCAAAGCGUGCUCGUCUUAG